UUGUAAUAUAUAGUAUAUUGUUACAUUGAAUCCUUUUUAUUGAUUCCCCUCCCCCCUAUUAUACUUGUAGCCUGAAAUAGUUGUGAUAUUUAAUAUAUGAGCAUACAAACAGUUUGAAGUAUAAGUUUUUGCAGGUUUAAGUAAAGAUGAUGCUGAAGAAGCUACUUCUUACGGUGUCAAUCAUCUUGAAUAUCGUAUUUAUCAUUCAUAUUCUUUAUUAUAGUUCAACCACAUGGAAUCCAACGUGGACCAAUAAAGCUGCGGUCGAAGCUGAAACUGCAGCCUCUGUUUCAUGCUCAGGACACGGGAGAGCUUACGUGGAUGGUCUUGGUGUCCUUGAUGGCCAGAAACCUCCUUGUGAGUGCAACAAUUGCUACACAGGCAAAGAUUGCUCCGUUCUUCUCAAAGAUUGCCCUGUCGAUGCUGACUCAGGAGACCCUUUGUUCUUGGAGCCUUUCUGGAUGCGACAAGCCGAGAGCAGUGCAGUUUUGGUCUCGGGAUGGCACAGGAUGAGUUAUAAUUAUCAAGAUGGGACACAUGUGUCUCGAGAGCUCGAAAAGGUCAUUAGAAAACUGCAUAGUGUAGUGGGAAACGCUGUUACAGAUGACAGAUUUGUAAUCUUUGGAUGUGGAUCCACACAAUUGCUUGCAGCAGCUGUCCAUGCCUUGUCUUUGACAAACUCAUCAGUAUCAUCACCUGCAAGGCUUCUGACUUCUAUUCCAUACUACACUAUGUACAAGGCCCAAGCAGAGUUCUUUGAUUCAGCACAUCUCAGGUUUGAAGGAGAUGCGUCUGCGUGGAAGCAGAGCGAGCAUAAUGAUAAUAUCACACAAGUUAUAGAGGUAGUGACAUCUCCGAAUAAUCCAGAUGGGAAGCUGAAAAGAGCGGUUCUUGAUGGUCCUAAUGUAAAAACAGUUCAUGAUUAUGCUUACUACUGGCCUUAUUUCUCACCUAUUACACAUCCAGUUGAUGGAGAUUUGAGCCUGUUUAGUCUCUCCAAGACUACUGGUCAUGCCGGCUCAAGAUUCGGGUGGGGAUUGGUAAAGGACAAAGCUGUUUAUGAAAAAAUGAAAAGAUAUAUAAGUUUAACUAGUAUCGGUGUUUCAAGAGAUACACAGCUUCAUGUCCUGAAGUUGCUCAAAGUAAUAGUUGGCGAUGGAGGCGAUGAGAUAUUCCAUUUUGGCUAUGGAACUUUGAAGAAAAGAUGGGAGACACUGAACAAGAUCUUCUCCAUGUCCACCCGUUUCUCGCUCCAGACAAUCAAACCUGAGUAUUGCAACUAUUUCAAGAAAGUCAGAGACUUUACUCCUUCUUAUGCAUGGGUGAAGUGUGAGAGACCAGAAGACACAAACUGCUAUGAGAUUUUCAGAGCGGCGAAGAUAACAGGACGCAAUGGCAAAGUGUUUGGAUCGGAGGAAAGGUUUGUGAGAUUGAGUCUCAUCAGAUCACAGGACGACUUUGAUCAGCUUAUUGCUAUGUUGAACAAGUUAGUCUCCCAGGAAACUGUUCCAUCUGAAAACUUCAGUGUAUUUUAGGCCUCUUUAAUUAAAAAGCCUAGGGUAAACCAAUAAACCAUAUGUGCAUUUUA